AUGACCGAGGCGGUGGAGGCGGAGGGGGGCACUCCGGGUUCCCAGGGGCCACCCGAGGGCCCGGCGUUUCUGGCGGAGAGACCGGAUGAACCCGGGGCUGUGGGUCCGGAGGCGGAGAGGCAGGAGGCGAACGAGGGCGCUGCGGUGUCGUCGCCCGGGGCCGAGGGGGCGGGAGCAGAGGCAACGGCCACUGCGGUGCAGGAGGAAGGCGACGGCGGCCCGGCUCCGGGCGCGGGCAGUGACCCCGGGGCCGACCCGCGGGACGAUGGGGUAGCGCAGGGCGAGGCAGAGGAUAAGGAGGUCCCGCAGGGAGGCGGGGAGGCGAGCGGCGCGGUUCAGGUGGAGGAGACGGGUCCCGGGCGUGGCGCGCAAGGCGAGGCCGCAGGGGAGGCUCAGGGGGAUGCCGGAGACCCUGCAGCCCUGGAGGCGCAGGAGGACGGAGAGCAUGGGCUAGAGGGCCCGGAGGUCCGCGAGGACGCCCAGAAACCCGCAGCGGACAGCAUGGAGGCUGAGGGGCUUGCAGAGCGGGCUGAGGGGGCGCACCAGGGCGAGGGAGACUGCGGCCCCCAGCCCCAGUCCGGUGCGAUCGAGGUCGCAGCCGCGGAGACGGGGAGGCACUACCCCGGGGAGUUUGCGGGGGGAACCCCGGGAUCAGAGGGGUCCGAAGGAGCGUCCCCCGGGGAGGCGAGGGCAGACGCAGGCGAGAAUGGGGACCGCGGCGGGACCCCCGAGGGGACAGAGGAGGAAGAGGAGGGACGGAGCAAAGAAGCCGCGGCCGGGGAGGAGGAGGAGCCCCCCGACGGCAGCCCCGAUGGAGAGGCGGGAUCGAGGGGGGCCGAGGAGCCCCAGGCCGAGCUCAGCAACCACCUGGCGGAGGAGCGCAGCGCUGAGGCCGGGGACGGGUCCGCGCCAGUGAACGGCCGCAGGGAAGACGGCGAGGUGUUCGAGGAGGGGGACCCAGGGCAGGAGCACGACAUCACCCUCUUCGUCAAGGCUGGUGACGAUGGUGAGAGCAUUGGAAAUUGCCCAUUCUCCCAGCGCCUUUUUAUGAUUCUCUGGCUCAAGGGCGUUAUAUUUAAUGUGACAACAGUGGACCUGAAAAGGAAACCCGCAGACCUACAGAACCUGGCUCCUGGAACAAACCCUCCUUUUAUGACCUUUGAUGGUGAAGUCAAGACGGAUGUGAAUAAGAUUGAGGAGUUCUUAGAGGAGAAGUUAGCUCCUCCGAGAUACCCUAAGUUGGGGACCCAACACCCUGAAUCUAACUCAGCCGGAAAUGAUGUGUUUGCCAAAUUCUCAGCAUUCAUUAAAAACACCAAGAAGGAUGCAAAUGAGAUUUAUGAAAAGAACUUGUUACGGGCCCUGAAGAAGCUGGAUAAUUACUUAAACAGCCCUCUGCCGGAUGAAAUAGAUGCCCAUAGCACCGAGGAUGUCACUGUUUCUGGAAGGAAAUUUCUGGAUGGGAAUGAGCUCACGCUGGCUGACUGCAACCUCUUACCCAAGCUUCAUAUUAUUAAGAUUGUGGCCAAGAAAUACAGAGAUUUUGAAUUUCCUCCUGAAAUGUCUGGCAUCUGGAGAUACUUGAACAAUGCUUACGCUAGAGAUGAGUUCACGAACACGUGUCCAGCCAACCAGGAGAUCGAACACGCCUACUCAGAUGUUGCGAAAAGAAUGAAGUGA